AUGCCCCCUCUGGCGACAUCAACCACCGCACCGGAGCUGCUGUCUGCUGUUCCUCCAGUCGUUGCGUUGAGGACGGCACUGAAGGAUCUUGUCGACACCUCCGAGAACAUCUUCACUUGUUUCUCCACGGAUUCGCGACAGAAGACGGCAAAGGCUGCGGCAACUGCGUUAUUCAAAGCCGUUCGCGAGUUGGAGACGUUCUGCAAUGAGCAUCAUGACCUAUUGGAGAGUUCGACUGCGAUGAGGAAGUUACUUGGUCAGGUCGUUCAGGAAACGGAAGACCUUUAUCGCAAAUGCUGCGAGGCCUCAUCACCUCCGCCAUCGGCUGGCGUCAUCUCGAAACUGGUGCAGGGCCUUCAGUCAUGGAGACAUCAGCCGCCGUCAAUGGAGAAAGACAUCUUCAAACUGGUCAACGAUGUCAACCAAUGCCAUAUGAGGUUCACAUCGUUCACCGUGAAGCGUGUGGAGAAAUUCCUCGUAGCCAUAGCCCAUUCCAGUAUCGGCCAAAUUAUUCGCACAAAGGGCCUAAUACGUCCCAGAGAAGACGAGGACGAGGAAGAGCUUCGUGCUGAGGUGACCGAGGGCCAACUAGUGCAGUUCAUGGGUUCAUCAUCUACGACGAAGCUGUCGAUGGCAUCCUCAAGACUCACCGCCGAUCUCAUCGCCGACAUGUAUAUUCGGCUUCAAGUCAAAGUCAUCAACGAAUCUCUUAUGGACCUGAGCGCCAUUAAAUUCGCCAAGGUCGAAGAGCACAUGGAGGAGUACACCCGCCCGUUCCAACCUCUUAUGGCUCGUUCCUUCGACUCUAUCGACCCAAGCAUGCUCCACGAUAGUGUUGUAACACAGGCAUUGGAACUUCAGCGUAUUUUGCGGGAAGGAUCAACGACGAUGUCGAUUCAAGAAGGGGCAUGGGAGAUGGUGAACCUGUCGAUCGGACUGUUCAACCUGAGCAUGUUCGAAGAAGCGGCCAACAUGGGCACCUGGACGGUCAACCUUUUCCGCAAGCUUGUCGAGAUGGACGAGAAAAUAUAUAUGCCAUACCUCAUCCACACGCUCCGGCACGUCACGAAAUACUACCAAGCCGUUGACAAUCUCGAUGGAGCGAUCGACGCCAUUGAAGAGUCGCUGAGGCUGAGCCGGAAACUGGUGGAGCAGCAGCCCGACGCCGAGGAGCUGACUGUUCAGCUCGGUGGCGUGUUGUCAACGUAUGCGAUGAUGCUUGGCCUAAAGAACGACCACGAGAAGGGUUUGGAGGCCAUUAACGAAGCUACUGCGGUCUUUGAGCGAAUGUCGUAUCGUCAACGAGGCAUCGCGGACGCGGAGGGAGUGGAUGAUUCCGCAAUCACUACCCUGUCGGACAAAGCCCUAUGUGACUACGCCAGGGCGCUGCACCAGAAGUCGUAUACCCUCGAAUCACUUGGACGGCUGGAGGACGCAAUCGAUGUCGAGAAGAAGGCCUCACAGAUUAUGCAGUCCCUAUGCCCGCUCUACCCUGACUCGAUUUUAGAGACGGAACUCGCCGAGAUGCUCUACCGCCUCUGCCACAGAGACUUCCGCUCCAUCAUUCCAGCCCUUCAAGCCUUGUUCUACGCGGAAGAGUGUGUGAUGAUCUACGAGCUGUUCACCGAACACGAUUCGAAGAAGUACGGGCAGUACUUGUACUCGGCGUACUGGGAGAAAGCGACGAUCCACGGCUUGCUGGACCAAACCGACGACGCUCUCAAGACGUGGAAGAAAGCUGCUGAUCUCGCGAAGAGGAUCAUCGCUGACCAGACCUUCCUCGCGGAUGCGCUAUACCAGGCUUGCUGGAGCCUGCGCAAGCUCCAGCGACACGAUGAAGCCGUGACAAUUCGCCUCGAGUCCGUCCAAACGUAUCACGAGAUCCACAAAACGGCCUCUGUGGUGGAGGCGAAUGGACACUACGAUCUCGCCGUCGACUUCCAGUUAGCCCAUCGUUACCCUGAGGCUCUCAAGUCCGCCGAAGAAGCCUUGGCCCAGUACAAGAUUCUGGCCGCGAACAACCCCGACGAGACAAAGCGUGUCGCACAGGCGCAGACGCUCGUUAGCCACAUCCACUGCGACGCAAGCGAUCUGGAACUUGCGUAUGAAGCCAGUCGAGAGGCCGUUAGGACCUAUCAGUCAUUAGUUGAGACGCGUGCAGACCACAUCGCGGCGUACGUGCGUUGCUUGCGGAUUGCUAUAUCUAUUAUCUACAGGUUGUCCCAUCCGGAGAAGUCAGUAGGGUUUGGCGAAGAGAUCGUCCACGAGUUCAAGGAGCUGAUUAAGGACUAUCCGAAAGACGUCGGCUUCGCGCUGGCCGAGGCUAUGUCGACCCUCUCUUGCAUCCUCACCGAUUUGAAACGCCCUCCAGAAGCGAUGGCAUGGAUUCUCCAGCUGAUAGAGUAUUUCGAGGGUUAUGAGGAUAGAAGUGCCGAUGCUGUUGGACGACACAUCAAUGCACUCAUCGACUACGCCAGCAUCAUCGAUUGUCAGGGACACAGCGAGCGCGCGUUGGAACCUAUUGAGAAAGCCAUCAAACUUGGACUGGACUUCGGCGUCUCAGACGCCACUUUGGUAUCACGGACGUCAGGUGCAAUGUUCCGCCGGGCGCACUUGUGCUGUGAGGUGGGACGAUACGCCGAUGCUUUGGAGAUCGCCAACGAGACACUCGACUUUGUUCGCAAGAACAACCCGUCACUCAUCAGCGACCUUGUCGGCACUCUCCAAGUCUGUGUCAUGGUAAAUCACUACAACCACAACGAGGCCAAGGCGAUGGAGUACGCGAAGGAAGCUGUGGAGGUCUGUCGCGGCGAGGCGAUGGCCAAGCUGGUGAAGGAACAAAUCGAUGACCUCUGCUUCUUGCCGAACACGCUGAUCGACGUUUCGACGUGCUGGUGGUACCUCGGGGAGCAUGCCGAGGCAGCGAAAGUCGCGCAGGAGGCCCUGGACGAGAUCACAAAGCUGGAGCCUCCCAAGUCGGCCUUGAACCCUGCCCGUUGGGAGAACACGUACUUCUACGCUCUGAAGCAGGUCUGCGUCACUCAGUUUGCGAACGGCUCCAUGCUUGACGACAAGGACAUUCUCCGUGUCAAGGUGUUCAGCGAUGAGAGGAUGAAGACGAACAACGGGUAUACUAAUCAGAUGGCCGAGUUGUUGGACACGCUACAGCUGUACUAUUGUAUGCGUGGACGCCAUGAAGAAGGCGCCAGGUAUGGGAAGGAGCUGCAGGACCUUCGGGCGCGAUUGCAUGAGGAAUUCCCAGAACUUGCGCGCCAGGUGGAACGUGAGUUGGAUUGGAGGAGGGCCACGUCUUCAUGGAUCAAUAUUCUCGCGAAGCUCGACCUGAAGUGCGGACACUACCAGGAUCUGUUAAUACAGCUGUGA